GGGGAUGGGGUAAGGGGCGUGGGAGGGUCCUUGGGUGCAUCCGGAUGGGUCCCGCAGCAGCAGCCCCCCCGGCGCGGCGCUGAGCCCGGGCAGGGGCUGGGCGGCCGGCGAGCCGGAGAAGGAGGCAGGCGUCGGAGGAAAGCGCUGGGGGCAGGAGACAGGGGCCACCCCGAGCAACCUGCGCGGGUCCCGGGCAGCCAGGGGAAGGAGAAGCCAGGACAGAGCUGCGCCCCUCGCCUUGUUUAGGGGCGCAGCCCCGCUCCCCGUCUCCCCUGCUUGCCGGGGCGCAGUGUCCCCCGCUCCAGGGGCGCAUCCCCCGGCGCCCGCCCAUGCGGCGCGCCGCUGCCCCGGGAAGGUCGCGGUAGCUCCCCGCGAUGGAAGUUUUCCUCUGCCCCGCUUGUCGGUUUGUCCUGUGGGACCCGGUGACCGUCUCCUGCGGCCACUCUUUCUGCAAGCGGUGCCUGGGCGACGCGCUGCCCUCCCGCUGCCUUCUGUGCCGGGGGAGGUUGAAACUCCUGGGCUUGAGGGCUGUUCAGGGCAACGUCCUGCUGGGCAGCCUGCUGGAGAAGUGCCUGGACCGGGACACCAAGCUGGCCCGGCUGCAAAGCCACCUGCAAGAUCUGCUCAGGAGCCGCGACUACAGGGCCGCCCUGAGGGCAACCCAGAAGGGGCUCGAACUGGCUCCUGAUGAUGUUUCGCUGAGGCUGUGCCGGUCGGAGGUGUAUGUGGCCCUGCAGCAGUAUUCAGAGGCGCUGGAGGAUUUGGAGGUGGUGUGCCGGAGUGAGCCAGAAGAGUUUGAGGGCUAUUUCAGGAAAGGAAAGGUGCUGCUGGAGAUGGGGCAGAAGUCCGACGCCUUGCUGCAGUUCCACCAUUGCCUUGCACUGAAUCCCAGCUUCCCUGCCGCUCAGCGCGAGAUGGAAAAGCUCCUCACGCAGGAUGACUCCCCGCUGCCCGGCACUGUUGUGGAACUACUGAGUGCUGCCAGCCUGGACUUUAAAAGCUCCAGCUCAGGGAAGGAAGGAGCAGGCCCUCUGCUAAGGCCCUCUGCGGCAGGAGAGUAUGGGCAGGAUCCAGAGAGAGAGACGGAGGAUGGGAAGGGGGAAGCUUUGUCUGAACUUAGCCAGUUGGAGCCUCGAAUUCCCCAGCAGCCUGCCUGGUGGCUGAGGAGAAGGAAAGACUCAGGGACUUCGACAGAGAAGCAAGAGGGGAGAUCAUUAGGUAUCGGGGAGGAAACAGCAGGAGCAAAAUCUAGCCAUCGCCACGAGCCAGAGCUAAGGGACCUACUGAGCGUGUCUGACCUGGAGUGCUCCCUCUGCAUACGGAUGUUUUUUGAGCCAGUGACCACGCCCUGCGGCCACACCUUCUGCAAGGAGUGCCUGGAGCGCUGUCUGGACCACAGGCCCAACUGCCCACUGUGCAAACAGAGCCUGAGAGAGUAUCUGAAGGCUGGGAAGUACAACCCCACCGUGCUGCUGGUGGAGAUCAUGGCGGCCACCUUUCCCUCGCAGCUGGCAGACAGGAAACGGGUGCAUGAGGCUGAGAUGGCAGAGCUCUCAAACCUGACCAAGAACAUCCCCAUCUUUGUGUGCACCAUGUCUUUCCCGGGCAUCUCGUGCCCGCUGCACGUCUUCGAACCUCGCUACCGUCUCAUGAUGCGGAGGUGCCAGGAGACCGGCACGAAGAUGUUUGGCAUGUGUAUGUAUGAGAGUGGGAAGAGUUUUGCGGACUACGGCUGCAUGUUGGAGAUUCAGCACAUGGAGUUCUUGGCCGACGGGCGAUCCCUGGUGGACACGAUAGGAAGGCGUCGGUUCCGGGUGCUGAGGCGGGGACACAGGGACGGUUACAACACUGCUGAUAUCGAGUACCUGGAGGACGAGAAGGUGGAAGGGGAAGAGCUGGCCGAGCUGCACCGUCUGCACGAGUGCACCUACCAGCAGGCGCAGAAGUUUUGUGAACACGGGGAUGCUGCCUUGAGGCAGAUUCUGAUGCACCGCGGCCCCCUGCCUGAGAAGGAAGAGGACAUCCAGGCCACCAAAGAUGGACCAGCUUGGUGUUGGUGGCUUAUUUCCAUCUUGCCCCUGGACCCAUCUGACCAGCUCCGGCUCUUUGCCACUACCUCGCUGCGGGCCCGCCUCACUCAGCUGAAGCACAUCCUGACCGGCAUCCUGCAGCACCGUGAUUACGGCCACCAACUCGCAGACGUCCGCCCGAGAGGCAGAAUCUAAAAUCUGGGGCAUUGCCGGUGCCUUGGCCAAUUUGCUCAGCACUUUCUUUUGGAGGUCCGGGGAUGGAGAUGUCACCGGUUUUAUUUCUGUGUUUGGCCUCCAUGUUUUUAUUGUCUUUUCAUCCUCACACCGACCUUAGCAACCGGCCGCGCGCAAGCCUCUCCGGCAAACAGAGCUGGCAAUGGCAUGCAGAGGCAGCUAGAGUCCUUGAUCCAUUAGUGAUACCACGCCGUCCAUGCAGUCUUGAUAAGCUGCUUAGGGGAUUUAGGAGCAUCUCAGUAGGUCUAAGGAAGGCAGCAAGUCUGAAGGUGGGGCCAGGCUAAGGACACUGGCUUGCCUCUAUGAGCCAAAGCCACAUGCCAAGCUAUUUUGGUAUCGAGAAAUCUCUCUCGAGGGCAACCAGAAAUAAAUGCCAGGUGUUGCAUCGUUUUGGGCUCUUCCACGAUCAGGGUCACUAGUGUUUGCUAGUUUGUCCCAGUCUCUGCACGCUAGGUGAGGAAAAGGGGUUUUAAAUGAGUGGAAGAGUUGUAACAGGAGGGGGGAGGUUUCAGUAGCUUCCCGUGAGUUGCUGUCUUUAAUCAUGAGUUUGAUCUGAUAGUCCAUAAAAAAAAGAGUUAAGUUAAAUUAAUUAAAUUAAAUGAAAUAAUCUGAUCUUCUCAGGUCAGCUUCUAACAGCUGCUUAUGUCCAAAAAUCCCGAAAGAGAAGUUGCUAUUUUAAUAUAUCCAGUUCAGUAUGUUUCCGUCUUUCAGGUUUGCUUCCUUCUCUGCUUUUGUUUGGGUGUCUGAAUUUGCAGGAAGCUUCUGCCUCACAUUCAGUCUGGCAAUGCUAAGAGAUGUUGCUGUGUUGCUCUCCUAAUGGUCAGCCACCUGCUUCUCAUGGACUCAGAGACUUUAAGACCAGAUGGGACCAUUGUGAUCAUCUAGUCUGACCUCCUGCACAUUGCAGGCCAUAGACCCUCAACCGCCCACUCCUGUCACACAUAACCUCUGGCUGAGUUAUUGACGUCCUCAAAUCAUGGUUUAAAGGCUUCAAGUUUCAGAGAAUCCACCAUUUACAGUAGGUUAAACCUGCAAGUGAUCCCUGCCCCAUGCUGCAGAGGAAGGCAAAAAGCCUCCCGGGGUCUCUGCCAAUCUGACCUGGGGGAAAAUUCUUUUCCGACCGCAACUAUGGCUAUCAGUUAGACCCUGAACAUGUGGGUGAGACCCACCAGUAGACACGUGGGAAAGAAUUCUUUAUAGUAACUCAGAGACCUUCCCAUGUAGUUUAUAUCUGCUGCAAGAGGAAUGCCAUGGAAUGAGGAAGGCAGGGAGAGUUUGCUCAGAUUAGAGAUGUGCCAAAGAGGCCGCGGUUGGAUCUGGAUUGAGUUUAAAAUGGGAUUCUGCUUCUGGGCCAGCUCAUUAAGCUUUGGGUUUGAAGGCACCAAAAUCUCAGGCAAUUUGGCCCACAAAUGAUUUUAUGAGAUUUCCGUCAUCUUGGGCGAUGGAAAUCUUGUGAGAUCAGCAUUUCUCGUGAUAUUUCUGCCAUUUUGGGCUGAAAGCUUUUGUCCUUAGAUUUUGGCUGCAGUUUGAACCGAGAUCAGAAGAUGAGGUCCUUCCAGUUUUGGAUGCAACCUUCAGAUGAAACUGAUAGAGACAGGUUUGGGGCUGGGGCUUCAAAUCUAAAUGUCCAUAAAUUCAGAAUGGUUCGGAUGAGUGGAUCUGGGAUUCUUCUGGCUAAUGAUGGGCCUGUGAUGCUAAGGUUGAGCUGGAUCUAAACUUCUCCGUAGCAGGAGAGCAAGAGUCUGAGUGCCUCUAACUAGUUUCGCCUUGUCACUGAAUACAAUGGAAUGAGAUGAAAGGUGGAGGAAAUGAGGGUGAGCUAGGACUUUGUGGCUGCUUUUCUGCAGAUUAUCUAGACUUGGUAGUUUUCUCUCCCAACAAGAAGAUUAUUUCUAUGGGGCUGGGUUUAAUUUUAUUUAGUUCUUUAUUUAAAAAAUAAUCAGUUAUUCGCUGGGUUACAGAUUUGCCAGGAUCGUAGCCCUGCCUGUCCCAUCUCUCCCAACUACUAUCGGGGGACUCCAUGUGCUAUCAGGAGAGGCCAGUCUAGGCCAUGCUGGAGCAAGGUAGAGGAGCUCUUCCUCUCUUUUCUUUUUGUCUCUUUUUGCACCACAUCCUCAGCUACUCCCAUUUACACCAGCAGAGUAUCUGGCGUAUGAGCUUGGAUCUAGAAUGGUUCAGGUGAUCAUCUCUCACUGUGUUCGGUAUUAUUUGUACCAUGUAGGAAAGGAUUGAGAAUCUCCAGCCCCCCUGCCUGCUCCACCCCGAUCCCCUCAGCUAGUUCAAGCACCUCUGCUCACCCCCACCACCCUUCCUCCCCCACCCUCCAACGUUGGAGGUUUGAUUCCCUACUUCCCGACAAAGUGCCUUGCUUGGGGGAUGACAAUCCAGAUAAACUGAGGCCUGCAGUUCCUGAGAAUGGGGUGGCUGGUAAGGAUGGGUCAAAGCUGGAUUUUUGUCUUCACCCCUGGACUUGGCCUUUCCCUCUCCUGCUUUGCACCUGUUACUACAGCACUGGGCCCAUGGUGAUCUCCAAAGGCGACCGUAGUGGUGGGACAACUGGGGGUGAGGGGCUUUGGCUGCCUGGCCUGUGUGGGAACCCCCUGAGUUUUGGGUAGAACGACAGCAGGGGUGUCCAUACAGAGGGGCUGCAGUGUAUUACAGAAGGGAUUGGCUGCUGCUAGGAAUGGAAAUAUGAAAGGGGUUUGAAAGCCAAUGACAAACACACAGUUUUCUCUCCACUGAACUUUGGGAAGUGCCUUUAUUUUAUUUGUGGUGGGCGCAACCAGUUCGCCAAGCUGAUCAGAAGGCCUGCAGAUUCGACUGGCUGCAGAUUCGACUGGCCAGCAUUGUUCACCCUACACCUUGUUCAUCCCCCGGGACCCACCCGGUUUGCUGUCAUGCCUAUUCUGGCAGCACAGAUAAGAUGUGAUGGGGGCAGUGUCUGGAAGUUGCUGCUAAGGCUUUCCCAUUUAGCAGUAGUGAUCUAGCUUAGCAGUUGGCAAGCCCCAUGGAGGGUGACCACCGGAGCCACGUCUCCUUCCAUGUCCGUGUCUGGUAGAGACUCAUUGGAAUCGCUCCAGUUUGCUUGGAGUCCAUUUGGAUUUUUAUGAGCAGAUUUUUCCUCUUUGAACAAAACUCUCCGUAUUGUCAAAGAAAUAAAGGAGAAUGUUUUGUGUUGUGCCUGUUUGAA